AGACAUCCCGGCGGCGAUGGCGGCGGCUGCGGCAAGGGCCGGAUCCCGGCGCCUGUUCUCCACCUCGGCCCUCGUUCCACGGAGGCUUCUGACCCCUCCCGCCAAGGCCGACGCCUUGCCCAACCUCUUCGUCCCCGGGUUAGGCAAGCAGACAACAGUUGGUGGACUCAGGGAAGCUUUUCUAAAGUCUGGCCAAAAUGCACAUGCAUCAUCUUUAAAAAAUUCAAGGUGGUAUAUGAUCAGUUCAAACCGUUCAGGUUCUCUGACAGUGCGUAAAGAGUACCGCAAAGUUCUUCCUUCUUCAAUAAGGCCAUGUGCAUCUUACUCCACACGAGCUUCAGAAAACAAACCAAAGCAGGAGAAAACAGACUUGACAACAACUGAAGAUCCCUUUGAUGCCCCUACCUAUAAUAUACCUGAGAAGCCAGUGACAUUUGCUGAGGGGGCCUCUUACAGUGUUGUAAUACUCGCUGGGCUUGGAGUUGCUGCGAUGGCGGGAUAUGCUGUUUUCAAAGAGCUUAUUUUUGAACCGAAAGAGUACAAGAUUUUUGGGAAAGCUCUAGCAAGAGUUCAGAGUGAUAGUCAGGUUACGGCCAAAAUUGGUUACCCAGUAACUGGUUAUGGUACGGAAUCCAGAAACCGUGCAGCUCGGCAGCGCAUUCAAAACAAGGUUUGGACAGAUGAGGAUGGUGUUGAACAUGUGGAGGUAGCUUUUUUUAUCCGAGGGCCGCAUGGAGCUGGAAAGGUGUUUGCUGAGAUGUUUAAAGAUGACUCUGACAGGACAUGGAAGUUCACAUUUCUUCUUGUCGAGAUCACAUCACCGCGUCCUGCACAGAUCAUGUUAGAAUCUUACAUCCCAGCAUAAGGAUGCAAGAGACAAAAUCAGUUGGCAGCGAUGCAUUUUUUGCGUUCUAUCUCAUGUUCAAUACUGGCCCUAAUAUUACAGAAGUUGUGAAUUUUGAUCCUCCCAAAAGCCUAAGUAGGAGGAAGAUGAACUAUCAAGCCGCCAAUCACCUCUAGUAGCUUAGAUAUGGUGUACCGCGAAAGGACCGCAAUGUUACCUUGAAAAUUCAGCUGAAACCUCUGUCGAGUUUUAGUCUCAUUUCCUUUAGGCCAGAUAGUUUGCUGUAGUCUAUGGUUUUCCAUCCAAACCUCUGAUGAUGCCCAGAUAGCAAUAAUAUGUAUUUUGUUACAUUUCAAAAUUCUUUCAAGCCUGAGUUUUCAUGGCAUGCACAUGAAGUGAUCACCCCAUGCAAGUAAAAUGCCAGCUGAUUCUUA